CUCCCCGCGGUGUCCGCCAUGGCCAAAGCUUACGACCACCUCUUCAAGUUGCUGCUGAUCGGGGACUCGGGGGUGGGCAAGACCUGUCUGAUCAUUCGCUUUGCAGAGGACAACUUCAACAACACUUACAUCUCCACCAUCGUCCCCCUAGAAUGAAGCUCCUAAACUCCUGUCCUUCAACCCCAGUCUCAGACUCUUCUCGCAUACCGGGUCUCUGGGAUAGUACCCAAACUUCUAACCUCUCCGAGGCCUCCAGGAAUUGAUUUCAAGAUCCGCACUGUGGAUAUAGAGGGGAAGAAGAUCAAACUGCAAGUCUGGGACACGGCUGGCCAAGAGCGAUUCAAGACAAUAACUACCGCCUAUUACCGUGGAGCCAUGGGCAUCAUCCUAGUAUACGACAUCACAGAUGAAAAAUCCUUUGAGAAUAUUCAGAACUGGAUGAAGAGCAUCAAAGAGAAUGCCUCAGCUGGGGUGGAGCGUCUCUUGCUGGGGAACAAAUGUGACAUGGAGGCCAAGAGGAAGGUGCAGAAGGAACAGGCCGAUAAGUUGGCUCGGGAGCAUGGAAUCCGAUUUUUCGAGACAAGUGCCAAAUCCAGUAUGAAUGUGGAUGAGGCUUUCAGUUCUUUAGCCCGGGACAUCUUGCACAAGUCAGGAGGCCGAAGAUUGGGAAACAGCAAUAAGCCCCCCAGCACUGACCUGAAAACCUGUGACAAGAAGAACACCAAGUGCUCCCUGGUCUGAGGACCCCUUCCCUUCCUGAGCCUGGAAGCUGGACCUGAAGGAGGCAGGGCUGUGGGGCUGGGCAGGGGAAAGGAGAAAUAGCAGGUAGGACUUGGAGGGGUAGAGGGGUAGAUGGUAGGGAGAAUGAGGAGAAAAUGGAGAAGGACAAAAGGAAGGAGAGAGAAGGACAAAAGAAAAAGGAUAGGAGGUAGACUAGAGAGGGAAGGAGAGGCAGAAAGAAGGGAAGGUAAAGAAUUGAGGAAGUGAAAGAGGUGAGAAGGAGCUAGGAAGAGAGGGGAGGAGGGAAGGAAGGAUUGUCGGUCCCAGGCUCCAGAUAUCCCUGGGUUUCCAGAGCAAAUUUAAGUGUAAAUAAAUUGGUUUAUUCUGUUACUGGGUCAGGUUUUAAGGUCCUGUGAGAGAUGCUAAGCACCAACUCAUGAAGUUUGAGUCCUAUCCUGUCACUUUGCAUGGUCUUUCUCAGUAUUAAAGGCCACUAUUGGCACAAAUUUC